AGCCCGACCGCGAGGUCGCGCACUGGUUGGUCCGGUUCGAAAACAAGACCCGCCUCUCACUGCGUGUUCUGGCGUUGAAAUGACACCGUGGGAAAGCCUGGCUGUGCAAACGGGCGCAAACCGCAGCAGACUCAACCUGACACAGCACCGGACAAGUCGCACACUCAGAUCCUCCAGAAUGAAGAGAAAUCACGACUUCAGCUCCUCUGACAGCGAGCUCGACGAGAAUGUUGAAGUGGAGAAGGAGAGCGCCGACGAGAACCUAGGCAUGAGCUCUCCUCUCGGAUCAGUUUCUCCCUCUACAACAUCUCAAGUACAAGCAAGAAAACGACGCCGAGGGAUAAUUGAAAAGCGGCGUAGAGAUCGCAUCAAUAACAGCCUCUCUGAACUGCGCCGACUUGUUCCAAGUGCUUUUGAGAAACAGGGCUCUGCUAAGCUGGAAAAAGCAGAGAUCUUGCAGAUGACUGUGGAUCAUUUAAAGAUGCUUCAUGCAGCUGGUGGCAAAGGUUAUUUCGAUGCCCAUGCUUUGGCAAUGGAUUAUUGUGGCUUGGGCUUCCGCGAGUGUCUGGCUGAGACGGCCAGAUAUCUGAGUGUAAUCGAAGGUCUGGACAACACCGACCCACUCCGCAUUCGCUUGGUGUCCCACUUGAGUAACUAUGCCACUCAGAGAGACGCUCACACAGGUCUGGGGCAUCUAGCCUGGGGCUCGGCAUUCAGCACUCCUCACCUGGCACAUCACCUCCUCGUACCACAGCAUCAACAGGGGGCAUCUUUAUCGCGCAACCCUAGCAGUCCUCCAUCCUCGUCCUCAUCAUCGCCCUCUUCUUCACCAUCAGCGCACCCCUCAGAGCCUCAUGGCUGCAGCAGGCUGAGUGCCCCAGCCAUCAGCGAGGCAGGACAGAGCGGGCCACUCAGGGUACCUCCCUCAACAGGCACCAUUCCCACAAGGCUUGCGGCAGCUUCGGGAUCGAAGCUUUCUCCUCCACUUCUCACGUCCCUGUCCAGCCUGUCUGCAUUUCCCUUUCCUCUGAGUGCUUUUCCUUUGCUCUCACCCAGCUCACUGGGUCACGCCACCCCCUCCAGAAGCCUGGGGAAGCCCUAUCGGCCAUGGAGCAUGGAGAUCGGUGCUUUCUGAAGUCUCAAUCCAGCUUUCCUGGAUAAAUGACAUUUUUUAUAGACAAGAGAAUAACCUUUAAAGAACAAUGUGAGUUUGCCGGCCAGGACUCAACAAAGUGGAAAGACAACCCAGGACUUAUGUACCAGAGAAUUGAUUGUAAUUGUGGGUUUUUUGUUUGUUUUUAACAAAAUUUUUGAGCUAAUCAGGGAUAUGUGCUGGUAGCCAGGUUAAUGUCUUAAGGGUUCUGUCUCUUUUAAAACUUUUUGUUCUACUGCUUCAUCUACUUUAGUAAAACAGGGUGCUGUGCUGGUACAAUGCCCUGCCUGGAUACUGAGGGAGGGAUAGAAAAUGGGUGUUUUUAUGGGGCUGAGGUACUGAUACAUUUAAAUAGCUGGCACUGAGUGUAAAAGCUAGAACCAAGUUUUUAUUAUAAAGAAAGUAAUAGGUAAUAUCAGUGUGUAGUUCCAUAUGAGAAGUGGAAUAUUGUCUACCCCUUGUCUUUAUAUUACAUUUAACACCCAUACAAUGCAAUUCACAAGUCAUAUUUAGAAUCGUCUUGAAUGAAGGGUAAAAUAUAAAGCAAAUAUUGUACUCCCUCUCACAUCUUGGCAAGAUACCAUAUUCUUGUAUUAUUUUUUGUUUUUGACUUUGUAUUCCUACAAAGUUUCAGAGCUAUGUAAUUGGUCAGUGAUAUUACAAGAUUUCUGAAGCUUUCUUUUGUAUAAAUACAUUCAGUAAAAUCUAUGCAACAGAGCCUUUAUCGCAAAUAAAUUAGAAUUUUGUCUGUGACUUGCAGAAUGUUUUUCAUCUCUAUAAUAUCUUCACCUGUGGUAGCAAGGAUUUCAAGUAAGUAAGU